UAUCUAUCUACAUAUAUGUAGCUUCCUCAUCCCGGCAUGAUGCCCCGUUGAUCACCAGCAAUCUCUCUAUCGGUGCUUGCGCCACGCGGCCGUUCGGGUCACUGAACCGCUAGCUUCUCGGAGCGAUGGUCGCUGCAUGCACCAACAGUACUAGCUGUCAUACAUAAUAUUCAUCCUGUAGUGGAGACUUCCACUUUGUGUUCAACACUGCUGAGCGAUCGAACAGAACGUGAGUUCCCACAAGGGAAAAUCUGGGGUAGAAAAAAGGCAUCGAGUCAUUCAGGGUAGCUAAGCAGCCAUGACGGCUAGUGCUAUGGUCGGACAACUUCUUUUGGUGCUCAUGGCUUCAAGUGCACAACUCAUCAUCUGCAGCUCCUUAUAUGGAAACGAGACCGAUCGCUUGUCACUACUUGAAUUCAAGAAGGCAAUCAGUCUCGACCCACAGCAAGUCUUGUUGUCUUGGAAUGAUAGCACCCAUUUCUGCAAUUGGGAAGGUGUCAUGUGCAGGAGGAAGAUCCCGCGCCGUGUCACUUCUCUUGACCUUGGAAAUCGAGGUUUAGUCGGGCACAUCUCUCCUUCACUCGGGAACCUAACGUUCCUAAAACACCUAUUCCUAGCGACAAACAUAUUCAGUGGAAAAAUCCCUCCCUCCCUUGGUCGUUUACGUCGCAUCCGAUAUCUCUACUUGAGUAAUAACACAUUUCAAGGUGAGAUACCUGACUUUGCAAAUUGUUCCAAUCUCAAUAUGCUAUGGCUGGAUGGCAAUCGCCUUGUUGGACAACUGCCUACAUAUGCCAAUCUGCCUCCUCGCCUUCAUGACUUUCAGAUUUUCAAGAAUAAUCUCACUGGAACCAUUCCCCCUUCCAUGUCUAACAUCACAACGUUAACUCGGCUCAAUAUCGCUUUUAAUCAGAUUAAUGGAGAAAUCCCGAGUGAAAUUGGGAUGCUGCCCAUGCUACAAUUAUUUGACUCUGCUGGAAAUAAGCUAUCGGGAAGGUUUCAACCAGCCAUCCUUAAUUUAUCUUCUCUUGUUAAACUAAGUCUUGCCUCCAAUUAUCUGAAUGGAGAGUUGCCAUCCAAUCUUGGUAGUUCAUUGCCCAAUCUACAGUUUUUUUAUUUAGGUGACAACCAUUUUAAUUGGCAUAUCCCAAGUUCAUUGACAAAUGCGACUAAGCUAUUCGCGGUGGACAUGUCAUCUAAUAAUUUCACUGGGGUGGUGCCUAGUUCUAUUGGAAAGCUAAAGGAACUCACCUGGUUGAAUCUGGAAAACAAUCAAUUCCAGGCACAUGACAAGCAAGACUGGGAUUUCAUGUAUAGCCUAAACAACUGCACUGAGCUGCGUGCGUUGUCAUUGUAUGGGAAUCAGCUCGAAGGAGAGAUACCAAGUUCAUUUGGCAACUUUUCCACGGGGAAUCAGCUUCAAGAGUUGUAUAUUGGAAGCAAUAGAAUAUCGGGGGAUUUUCCUACUGGUAUAGCAAACCAUCGUAGCCUGAAUAUUAUAUCGUUCGGGGAAAAUCAAUUCACAGGUGCCAUUCCAGAAUGGCUAGGAACUUUGAAAAACUUGCAAGAAUUAGACUUAUCUGACAACUUAUUUACUGGGUAUAUUCCAUCCUCCCUCUCGAACUUAUCUAAAUUGGCACAGCUCGCUCUAGACUAUAACCAGUUGAAAGGGAAGAUACCCCCAAGUCUGGGAAACCUCAAAGCCCUCGAAAUAUUGAGAAUUUUCAAUAACAAUCUCUAUGGUAGGAUACCAAAGGAGAUUUUCAACAUUCCUACAAUAGUAUAUAUUUCGUUAUCUUUCAAUAGCCUAGAUGGACCACUCCCUCUUGAAAUAGGCAAUGCCAAACAACUACACUAUCUGUUUCUUUCGUCAAAUAACCUGUCCAAUACUAUUCCUGACACGCUGGGUAAUUGUGAAAGUAUGCAAGGUAUUGAGCUGGACCAGAAUUAUCUUAUCGGCAGUAUUCCAGCGUCACUAGGCAACAUGCGCAGCUUGGAAAUACUCAAUAUGUCUCACAACCACUUAUCAGGAUCCAUACCACAGUCUAUUGGUAGUCUGCAGUAUCUUGAGCAACUAGAUUUGUCAUUUAACCAUCUUGAUGGUGAAGUACCUGAAACAGGUAUAUUCCAGAACACAACUGCUAUCAGGAUUGACGGAAAUAAGGGGCUUUGUGGAGGGCCAGCAGUUCUUCACCUUCCAGCAUGCACUGUUACACCUCCAAGUUCUACAACUAAGCACAUGCGAUCGAUAGUUUUCAAAGUAGUGAUCCCAUUAGCAAGCGUGGCGUCACUUGCUAUGGUCAUUACAGUUGUCUUGUUAUUGUGCAUGAAAAGACAAAAGAGAAAAUUUAUGUCCCUCCCUUCUUUUGGUAGGAAUUUUCCCAAAGUUUCUUAUAAUGAUCUUGCAAGAGCAACUAAUGGAUUCUCCACAUCCAAUUUAAUCGGCAGAGGAAGAUACAGUUAUGUGUACAGAGGUGAGUUGUUUCAAGAUGGAAAUGUGGUUGCUGUCAAAGUUUUCAGCCUAGAGACAAGAGGGGCACAAAGGAGCUUCAUUGCAGAAUGCAAUGCUUUGAGAAAUGUGAGGCACCGCAAUCUAGUUCCUAUCCUUACUGCAUGCUCAAGUAUCGAUUCUGAAGGAAAUGAUUUCAAAGCUUUAAUAUAUGAAUUCAUGCCACGAGGGGACUUACAUAAACUACUAUACUCAAACGGAGAUGAGGAAAACUCUUCAGGCUUGUGCCACAUUACUUUGGCUCAAAGGUUAUGCAUUGUGGUGGAUGUCGCAGAUGCAUUGGAAUAUCUCCACCAUAACAACCAAGGAACUAUUGUUCAUUGUGAUUUGAAGCCUAGCAACAUUCUUUUGGAUGACAAUUUGACAGCACAUGUUGGAGACUUUGGUCUUGCAAGAUUCGAAGUUGAUUCGACAACAUCAUCUUUCGGUGACUCAAUCUCAACUUAUUCGAUUGCAAUAAAGGGAACAAUUGGAUAUGUCGCUCCAGAAUAUGCAGCGGGUGGUGAAGUGUCAACUGCUGCAGAUGUUUACAGUUUUGGUGUUGUUCUCCUCGAAUUACUCAUCCGAAGAAGGCCAACAGAUGACAUGUUUAAGGAAGGUCUGAGCAUUGCAAGGUUCACAGAGAUGAACAUGCCUGAUAGGGUGUUGGAGAUUGUUGAUCCCCAGCUUCAACAAGAGUUGGACCUCGGCCAAGAAACUCCAGCGGCUGUCAAGGAAAAUGGUGUACACUGUCUGAUCUCGGUGCUCCACAUUGGGCUGUGCUGCACCAAGUCGUCCCCGAAUGAGCGCAUCAGCAUGCAAGAGGUGGCUGCAAAGCUCCAUGGAAUCAAGGAUGCAUAUCUCAGAGGAAACCGAAUAAGCUGAUCAAUGAUCUUAGUUUUUUCCUGAAUAAUUUACGGAAAUACAUCAAUUCUCUCUCUGGUUAAGUGAUCUCUUAUUGUCUAUUUUAUUGAAAUAAACAAGUAUUUCUCGUACUAUUAAUUACGUGAGAGAUGGCUCUGUAAGAUAUUUGUUCUCCUUGAUGCAGAUAUGUAAGGUACUACACUGCAUUUUAUAUGUUGUCAGUAGUAGAACUGACAAAACAAAGGACUCAAAUUAAAUCGGUGUUCGCUGGUUUGCUUU